AUGUGUUGUGUGUCUGUGUGUGUGUCAGGCUCAGCGUUCGUGAUGGUGAACUCAUCAGGGCGUUUCGCGGGUCAGAAGGCUCGCCUCUUCACGCCGCAGCUGACGGAGAACGACACACACUGCGUGCUGUUCCAGUAUUACGCGGCGGGUCGAGCCGCCCAGCUGAACAUCUACAUCCGCGAGAACAGCAGUCCAGCGGGGAAACCAGUGUGGAGCAACCCUGGAGCCGCUGCACGCUCCUGGAACCCAGUGGAGCUCGCCGUCAGCACAUACUGGCCCCACUACUAUCAGAUCGUCUUUGAAGUGGUGACCUCCGGACAGCGAGGCUUUCUGGCCAUCAAGGACGUGGUGGUACAGGGACAUCAGUGCAUGAACACACCGCACUUCCUUCACAUUAAGGGUGUUGAGGUGAACGCAGGACAGACGGCCACAUUUCACUGCACCGUCAACGGAGAGUGGAGAGACAGCUUCAACCUCUGGCUGCAGGGUAUCGGUGGUCGGGAAGCCCCCAUGAAAUCCACCAAGCCGUGGAAUAACCAGCGCUUCAUCGGCAUGUUUGAUGUGGUCAACACCACCAAGCAGGAUUCUGGACGCUACAGAUGUGUGGUGCGCUCCAGUGGAGGAGUGGGGGUCUCCAACUACGGGGAGCUCACCAUCAAACAGCCGCCAGUCCCCAUCGCUCCGCCUCAGCUGAUGGCAGUCGGGGCCACAUAUCUGUGGAUCCAGCUGAACGCGAACUCCAUCAACGGGGACGGGCCGAUCGUGAGCCGGGAGGUGGAGUACCGCACCGUCAGCGGCACCAUGUACGACCUGCAGCCCGUCGACAAAACAUCACACAAGAUCGGACACCUGGAGCCCGACACCGAGUACGAGAUCAGUGUGCUUCUCACGCGGCCCCUGGAUGGAGGAACCGGGGCCCCGGGGCCACCACUCAGAGCACGCACCAAAUGCGCAGAGCCAAUGCACGGCCCUCGUCAGCUGCAGGUGGUGGAUGUGGGCUCUCGUCAGGUGACCCUGCGCUGGGAGCCGCUGGGUUAUAAUGUGACCCGCUGCCAUAACUACAGCCUGCGGGUGCAGUACCGCUCCAGCACAGCGGGGGCAGCGGAGAGCGGCGCGGUGGCCUACGACAGCCAGAGCUCCACACCGCAGAUCACCAUCCAGCAGCUGAUGCCCUUCACCAACCUGAGCGUCCGCAUGCUGCUGCGCAACCCCGAGGGGGAGAAGGAGAGCGCAGAGAUACACCUGCAGACGCAGCAGGACGUGCCGGGAGAAGUUCCUCUGGACUCCAUUCAGGCCAGUGUUUAUGAAGACAAGAUCCUGCUGAAGUGGAGAGAGCCGGCGCAGACCUUCGGCAUCAUCACACAGUAUGAGAUCUCCUAUAAAGCCGUCAGCUCCUUCGACCCAGUGCUGGAUCUCUCCAACCAGAGCGGGAAGGUGGUUAAACUGGGGAAUGAGACGGGUCACGUGUUCUUGGGUCUUUAUCCUGGAUCCACAUACUCCUUCACCCUCAGAGCCAGCACUAUUAAAGGCUACGGGCCACCCGCCAUCACACAGGCCACCACCAAGAUCUCAGCUCCGCUGAUGCCGCCGUAUGAUCAGGAGUCUCCGCUGAACCAGACGGACAGCAGUGUCACGGUGGUGCUGAAGCCGGCGCAGAGUCGCGGAGCUCCAGUCAGUGUGUAUCAGGUGGUGGUGGAGGAAGAGCGCCCCCGUCGGGCUCGCGGUGGUGAAGCGGAGAUCCUGCGCUGUUUCCCGGUGCCGGUUCACUAUCAGAACGCCAGCAGUCUAAGCUCUCGCUAUUACUACAGCGCAGAAUUCCCAUCCGCCAGCGUCCCGUCAGUGCAACCCUUCACCAUCGGGGAUAACCGAACGUACAGCGGCUACUGGAACCCUCCGCUACUGCCGCACAAGAGCUACAGCGUCUACUAUCAAGCCGUCAGCACCGCCAACGGGGAGACGAAGAUUGACUGUGUUCGAGUGGCCACCAAAGCUGCUAUCUUGGUCACUCAACUCACCACUCCUUACGUUCGCAUCGCUCCGGCCGCUGGAGACAGCCAGCUAACAGGAGCGGCGACACACAAGCCCAGCGCGGUGGAGCCGGAGAAACAGACGGACCACACGGUGAAGAUCGCCGGAGUCAUCGCAGGAAUAUUACUCUUCGUCAUCAUCUUCCUCGGCGUGGUGCUGCUCAUGAAGAAACGGAGAACCUAUCAGUCCUACACUUAUUACCUGAAGCUGGCGAAGAAGCGUAAGGAGACGCUGAACAGCGCGCGGCAGGAGAUGACGGUCAUGGUCAACUCAAUGGACAAGAGUUACACUGAGCAAGGAACCAACUGUGAUGAAGCGCUCUCAUUCAUGGACACACACAACCUCAAUACACGCUCUGGUUCUUCUCCCUGUUCUCUGACUGUGAAGACAAACACACUGAGCACCGGUAUCCCCAACGCUUAUUACCCAGACCCGUUUGUGCCCACCGCCAUCCUGGGUGAGUGUUCUGCUGCUGCUGUUCUGCGAGGGACAUGUCAUAGCUUCUUCGAGGGUCAGUCGGCUCCCUGGGAUUCAGCCAAGAAGGAUGAGAACCGCAUGAAGAACCGCUAUGGAAACAUCAUCGCAUAUGAUCACUCUCGCGUGCGCCUGCAGAAUCUGGAUGGAGAGCAGAGCUCUGAUUACAUCAACGCAAAUUACAUUGAUGGUUACCACAGGCCCAACCACUACAUCGCUACACAAGGACCGAUGCAGGAGACUGUCAUUGACUUUUGGAGGAUGGUGUGGCAGGAGAACACGGCAACCAUCGUCAUGGUGACCAACCUGGUGGAGGUCGGCAGGGUGAAGUGCUGCAAAUACUGGCCGGACGACACUGAGAUCUACAGAGACAUCAAGGUGACGCUGAUCGAAACGCAGCUUCUGUCUGAAUACGUCAUCAGGACGUUUGCGGUGGAGAAGAGAGGAGCUCAUGAGAUCCGUGAGAUCAGUCAGUUCCACUUCACGGGCUGGCCGGAUCACGGUGUGCCGUAUCACGCCACGGGUCUGCUGGGCUUCGUGCGGCGCGUCAAAGCCAAAACACACACCAACGCCGGACCCAUCGCCGUCCACUGCAGUGCGGGGGCAGGGCGAACAGGCUGCUUCAUCGUGAUUGACAUCAUGUUGGACAUGGCGGAGCGGGAGGGUGUGGUCGACAUCUACAACUGUGUGCGGGAGCUGCGGUCGCGCCGUGUCAACAUGGUCCAGACCGAGGAGCAGUAUGUCUUCAUCCACGAUGCCAUUCUGGAGGCGUGUCUCUGCGGCGACACCACCAUACCGGCCAAUCAGCUUCGCUCCGUUUACUACGACAUGAACCGAUUGGACCCUCAGACCAACUCCAGUCCAAUCAAAGAGGAGUUCAGGACGCUGAACAUGGUGACGCCGACGCUGCGUGUGGAGGACUGCAGCAUCGCUCUUCUUCCUCGUAAUCAUGAGAAGAAUCGCUGUAUGGAUGUUCUUCCUCCUGACCGCUGCCUGCCCUUCCUCAUCACCAUCGACGGAGAGAGCAGCAACUACAUCAACGCUGCACUCAUGGAUAGUUAUAAGCAGCCGUCUGCGUUCAUCGUUACCCAGCAUCCUCUCCCCAACACAGUGAAGGACUUCUGGAGGCUCGUUCUGGACUAUCACUGUACAUCUAUAGUCAUGCUGAACGAUGUGGAUCCAGCGCAGUUGUGUCCUCAGUACUGGCCAGAGAACGGUGUUCAUCGUCACGGGCCGCUGCAGGUGGAGUUUGUGUCGGCUGAUCUGGAGGAGGACAUCAUCAGCAGGAUCUUCCGCAUCUACAACGCUGCACGGCCGCAGGACGGGUACCGGAUGGUCCAGCAGUUCCAGUUUCUGGGCUGGCCGAUGUACCGCGACACACCGGUGUCCAAACGCUCCUUCCUCAAGCUCAUCCAUCAGGUGGACAAAUGGCAGGAGGAGUAUGAUGGAGGAGAGGGACGCACCGUCGUACACUGCCUGAACGGCGGCGGUCGCAGCGGGACGUUCUGCGCCAUCAGUAUCGUCAGUGAGAUGUUGCGUCAUCAACGCUCCGUCGACGUUUUUCACGCCGUGAAAACUCUGCGCAACAACAAGCCCAAUAUGGUGGAUCUGCUGGAUCAGUACAAGUUCUGCUAUGAAGUGGCUCUGGAGUAUCUGAACUCCGGCUAACAGAGACUGACACUCAGUGUGUGUGUGUGUGUGUGUGUGUGUGUGUGUGUGUGUGUGUGUGUGUGUGUGUGAGAGUGUGUGUGUGUGUGUGUGCAAGUGUCUUUGUGUGUAUGAAUGUGUGUGUGCUUGCAAGCGUGCAUGUGUGUGUGAGUGCAUGUGUGAGUGUGUGUGCAUGCAAGUAUGCGUCUGUGUGUGCCUGUGUUUGUGAGAGUGUGUGUGCGGGGGUGUAUGCAUGCAUGUGUGUGUGCGUGCAAGUGUCUUUGUGUGUAUGAACGUGUGGGUCUGUGUGUGCUUGCCAUGUGUGUGAGUCUGAGUGUGUGUGGAUGCAAGUGUGUGUACAUUCUUGCAUGUGUCUGUGUGUGCGUGCGUGUGUGUAUGCAUGUGUCAGUCUGCAUGAUCGUGUGCAAGUGUGUGUGUGUGAGAGAGUGUACAGUCGGCUUGUAAAUCUUUGUAAUAAUGCGUUUCUCCAGACUGUGUUGAGUUUGGACACACACACACACACACACACUCUCUCUUCGCUCAGACUGUCAGUGUUGUGUGUGUCCACUGAUGAAGAUCAACUGAAGACAUGCAUCAGAGCGACUCCUUGACAUCCAGCAGAAGAGACACCUCCUUAUGAAUAUUCAUGACUCACUAUAAGCCUCAUCUGCAUAUUAAUGAGGCAGAGUGUCAGCGAUGCGCCUGAUUGGUUGCUGCAGAAAUGAGACGAUGCACAGAGCUGGACGUGUGUGUGUGUGUGUGUGACUCUGUGGUGUAAAAUAAAUUGUGUACCAUAUGAGAAGAUCAUAAACGACGACCCCCAGCUUCUCCUCCUCCACCAUCAUCAUCAUCAUCACGAGUUCCCUGGCGUUCAUUGUUUGCAGAUGUACUUUGCCUCUGGUUUGUUGAUACUGUACAUAUAUGCUGUCGGAGGUGUGCUGUGAUAUUUAUUCAGGACAAUCAUCUUGUAUUCUUGAGUUCAUAUUGUACAUGAUCAAAUAUAGCGUAUGAUCAACACACCGCGGCUCUCCUCCUCUGUCC